AUGUCGGACUGGAAAUCAAAUUACGACAGAACUAGACCUUUGUCUGAUAAGGAACUUGAGCAGAUCGUGCUUGAAUAUGACUCUGGGAGUGAUUCCAGUGGAUCAGAACUUGAAAAUAAUGAAGAAUAUGAACCAUUUGAAGACUCAGGAAGCGAAUAUGAACCCUCAAGUGAUGAAGAUGUGUCAGAUAACAUGUGUCCUAUUCCUUGUAAAAGGAAAAAAAUACAGGAGAAGCUACAAACGGAGCCCGAAACAGUGGCAAAUAUCUCCCAAGAGGCGAUGAUAGAAGAAGAUGAUAUUCCAGCUGAUUCCUCAAGUCUUAAUCCUGAGUCUGCGCAGAUAAGUCUUAGAGGAAAAAUGGACAUCGAUGGUCAGCUGUUGCAGGGCGAACAACAAGGAUACCGAUGA